UUUGUUUUCUGUUUGUAUAUAUUAUGUGUGUGUAGCUUUGUCGCUUAGAUAGCUCGUGGAUUACUAGAUUGAGUUUCCGGAAUUGGGCGCGAUGUUUCUAUUUUUGUUUUGUUUCAUUGAUUGCUUGUUCUUUUUGACUCCGACUUCCUGCUGUUUGACAAUUUUGGGGGUUUUGUGGUCAGUGGAGUUGGAUGCUAUUAUACUUCGUAUAUUUGGUGUUCCUGAUAUAAUUAGAUGUUUGUGUUCAUGUUGGUUUGGUUUGGCCGCCAAGAUGGGAUUUUUUUGUUUUCCUGAUACUGCCUCUUAAUAGUCUUUGUAGCAUGAAUCUUGAUUUGAUUUUUUUCGCCGGAAUACGCUUACAUCUUAAUGGAAUUUGGUACAUGCCUGGGAUAUCUGAAAGCUCGGGGGUUUAGAUGAUCUUGUUAGAGUGGAUUUUUCUGGUGUCCUUCUUCUUUAUAUGGGAUCUUUAGAGUCUCUUGCAGAUAUAUUUUUUAGUUAGUUCUUUGGAUAGGGUAAUUUAAUUUUUCUUUUUAGUAAUCAUCGUAGGAUGAGUGAUUCUUCCUUGUCUUGUGUGCUGCCCUUGGACAAUGUUUAGCUAAUUAAUUUUCAUUUCUUCUUAGAAUUUGCAAGAAAAGUUUGAUUUGAAUGGUCAAACAUAGUGGGAUGGAAUCACGUCCAAAUGGUACAAAUCCAAUAGAUCUGAGCAAUCAAACUGCCCUACCUGCCGUAGUCAGUGCACAGCCAUGGUGGUGUACUCCUCUUUUUGCUGCUGGACCCGCUUCUAAGCCAGCUUUGGCAGGAGAUGAGGUAGCUGAGGUGCAUAACAUCAAUGGAGUCGAUGGCACAGAUGGGAAUCUUGGAGAUAAGGACCAGAGUUUGCAGCCUACUUCUUCAGCUAUGGCUCCUGUUAUGCCUGAGAUUAUUGCACCUCAACUUGAACUUGGACAAUCCCUCGCUUGCGCUACUUAUCCAUAUAAUGACCCUUAUUUUGCUGGUCUAGUGGCUACUUAUGGAGCCCAAUCCCUAGUUCAUCCUCAAAUUAUUGGAAUACCACACUCUCGCAUGGCUUUACCUCUUGAAAUGGCAGAGGAGCCAGUUUAUGUUAAUGCCAAGCAGUACCAUGGAAUUCUUAGGCGAAGACAAUCUCGAGCGAAGGCUGAACUCGAGAAAAAAGCUACUAAAGCUAGAAAGCCAUAUCUUCAUGAGUCACGCCACUUACAUGCGGUGAGGAGAGCCAGGGGUUGCGGAGGUCGUUUCCUGAACACAAAGAAGACCGAUGAAGGAACUGCUAAAACUGAGACACAGACUCCAACACGGCCAAUUAUGUCUUCCAACUCCCUGACGUCCGAUGGUUCUGGUAACUCAAAUCCACCAAGUAGCAUCCAGGAAGCAACACCUGAAUUGAAAAUGAUCACCAGCACCAAAGAUAUCUACCAAGAGAAGUCUGGAUCCCAAUUUGCAUAUCAUCUGAAACCGGGUGAGAAAACUGAAGUUGAGGAUUGCUUACGACAGCAGCACGUUGGCAUCCUGAUGAACCAACCUCCAAACUGGGCCGUCACCAUUCAGUGAUAACCUCCGUCGGAUGGACACCUGUGCCAGAAGAAUUGCACUGAGAACUGAAGCAUGGUCUACAUAACUUUAUGUCGAUACAUCGAUGUAGCAGCAGAUAAAUAGGAGUGCAAUUGGAGGCAGGGGUUUCACUUAAAAGGGUACUGUUUAUAAUCUCAACUCGCGAAGGCAAUUCAUUCUUGGCUCUCUCUCUCUCUGUUUCCAUUGUCUUUCUGUCUUUCCUUUCUGUUGUGGGGAAAAAAAAACCUGGUGAGUGCAACAAGAACUCUGGCCCAAGUCUGGGGUAACCUAAAACUCAGUUUGAUCAUCAAAGUCUAAGUUGGAAAACAAUAUGGCAGUGAAUUUAAUGCAGAAAUUGUGUGCUAUAUGCGCCCUCUUUUUGUCA